AAGAACAACAAGGCGCCAACUCUUUCAACCACCUCCGUAGCCUGCUAGACAACAUAAAACUGAAAGAUUGAUUCUUUAGACCAUGUUAUUGUACAUUAGCUAAUCUCAGUGUUUUAGACAAAUUUCGGUUGACGUAUCUACUGGUGAACUUUAACCUAAUGUGCUUGUUCAAUUUGCAAACUUGUUAAAGAUUGAUACUGAGGUUAGCACUAGGCUAGUCGCUAAUGCUAGCUAGCUAGCUAGCUAGCUAACAUCCCUGACCAUGAGCUCACUGAACUACUCCUCCCUUGCUAAUGAAGAGGUCUGUUUUACGGAGAAAGAAUCUUUCAGAAUGAAAAAGGAGGAAGAGGAGGCUGUUAUAGUGAAAGAAGAGAAAGAACCUUUCAGAGAGGAAGAGGAUGCUAUCUUAAUAAACGUGAAGGAUGAAGACGUUUUGAGAGUGAAAAAGGAGGAGACAGAAGAUCCGAUUGACACCAGAGAGAGACAUGACUGUGGUGGAUCCUCUGCGGAUCCUCAACAACAUCCUGAUGCUGACGAGGCAGAGAAGAGUCUCUCCAGAUCAGAACACCAGAUGGACAACGCUAGCCCUUCCACCCUCCCGGAGUCCAUGUGUCGUGCCUCUCCUGGUAGCACCUUACCGCUGGGUAUGAAGAGGUUGUCUGUGCUGCUGGUGGACUGCAGGAAAACAACGGGGCUGAGUGGAACUGUGAGAGGAGGAGAAGAGAUGAAAGGAUCAGAUUUGACUCAUCAAAGAGAAAGACCAGACUCAGAGGAACCAGAGCCAGGGACGUCCAAACCAGCAAGACGACACCAGUGCUCCCAGUGUGGAAAUAGUUUCAAUGGGUCAGGGGAUCUGAAAAAACGCGAGAGAAUACACACAGGGGAGAAGCCUUACCACUGCUCACAAUGUGGAAAGAUGUUUAACCGGAAAGGACACCUGAAAGCUCAUGAGAAAAUACACACAGGGGAGAAGACUUACCACUGCUCCCAGUGUGGGAAGAGUUUCAACCGGUCAGGGGAUCUGAAAAAACAUGAGAGAAUACACACAGGGGACAAGCCGUACCACUGCUCCCAGUGUGGAAAGUGUUUCUACCAGUCAGGGGAGCUGAAACAGCAUGAGAGAAUUCACACAGGGGAGAAGCCUUACCACUGCUCACAAUGUGGGAAGAGUUUCAACUGGUCAGGGGAUCUGAAAAAACACGAGAGAAUACACACAGGGGAGAAGCCUUACCACUGCUCCCAGUGUGGAAAGAGUUUCAACCAGUCAGGGGAUCUGAAAAAACACGAGAAAAUUCACACCGGGGAGAAGCCUUACCACUGCUCACAAUGUGAAAAGAUGUUUAACCAGAAAGGACACCUGAAAGCUCAUGAGAAAAUUCACACAGGGGAGAAGCCUUACCACUGCUCACAAUGUGGAAAGAUGUUUAACCAGAAAGGACACCUGAAAGCCCAUGAGAAAAUUCACACAGGGGAGAAGCCUUACCACUGCUCCCAGUGUGGCAAGUGUUUUAGCCAGUUAGGGAGCCUGAAACAACACGAGAGAAUUCACACAGGAGAGAAGCCUUACCACUGCUCCCAGUGUGGCAAGUGUUUUAGCCAGUUAGGGACCCUGAACCAGCACAAGAGAAUACACACAGGGGAGAUGCAUUACCACUCCUCCCAGGGUGCAAACUUUUGCCAAAUUAGGAAGCCUAAAAGAACAUCCCUGACCAUGAGCUCACUGAACUACUCCUCCCUUGCUAAUGAAGCGGAGGUCUGCUUUACGGAGAAAGAAUCUUUCAGAAUGAAAAAGGAGGAAGAGGAGGCUGUUAUAGUGAAAGAACCUUUUAGAGAGGAAGAGGAUGCUAUCUUAAUAAACGUGAAGGAGGAAGACGUUUUGAGAGUGAAAAAGGAGGAGACAGAAGAUCCGAUUGACACCAGAGAGAGACAUGACUAUGGUGGAUCCUCUGCGGAGCCUCAACAACAUCCUGAUGCUGACGAGGCAGAGAAGAGUCUUUCCAGAUCAGAACACCAGAUGGACAACGCUAGCCCUUCCACCCUGUGUCGUGCCUCUCUGGGUAGCACCUUACUGCUGGGUAUGAAGAGGUUGUCUGUGCUGCUGGUGGACUGCAGGAAAACAACAGGGCUGAGUGGAACUGUGAGAGGAGGAGAAGAGAUGAAAGGAUCAGAUUUGACUCAUCAAAGAGAAAAACCAGACUCAGAGGAACCAAAGCCAUGGACUUCCAAACCAGCAAGAAGACACCAGUGUUCCCACUGUGGAAAGGGUUGGAACAAGUUAAGUGAGCUUAAACGACAUGAGAGAAUACACACAGGGGAGAAGCCUUACCACUGUUCCCAGUGUGGAAAGGGUGUUAACGAUUUGGGGAAGCUGAAACGACACGAGAGAAUACACACAGGGGAGAAGCCUUACCACUGCUCCCAGUGUGGAAAGGGUUUUAAUGAUUUGGGGAAUCUGAAACGACAUGAGAGAAUACACAAAGGGCAGAAGCCUUACCACUGCUCCCAGUGUGGAAAGGGUUGUAAAGAUUUGGGGAAGCUGAAACGACACGUGAGCAUACACACAGGGGAGAAGCCUUACCACUGCUCCCAGUGUGGAAAGGGUUUUAAUGAUUUGGGGAAUCUGAAAAGACACGAGAGAAUGCACACAGGGGAGAAGCCUUACCACUGCUCCCAGUGUGGAAAGUGUUUCACCUGGGCAUGGAAUCUGAAACAGCACGAGAGAAUACACACAGGGGAAAAGCCUUACCAAUGCUCCCAGUGUGGAAAGUUUUUCGUCUCGGCAAGGUAUCUGAAACAGCACGAGAGAAUACACACAGGGGAGAAGCCUUACCACUGCUCCCAGUGUGGCAAGUGUUUCAACGGGGCAGGGGAUCUUAAAAAACACGAAAGAAUACAUACAGGAGAGAAGCCUUACCACUGCUCCCACUGUGGCAAGUGUUUUAACCAGUUAGGGGCUGUGAAACAGCACGAGAGAAUACACACAGGGGAGAAGCCUGCUCCCAGUGUGGCAAGUGUUUUAACCAUUUACAAUCGGUUUCAUGUUCUCGUCCACACAGGAGAGAGACAUGACUAUCCUGGAUCCUCUGGGGAGCCUCAACAAUAUCCUGAUGCUGACGAGGCAGAGAAGAGUCUCUCCAGAUCAGAACACCAGAUGGACAACGCUAGCCCCUCCUCCCUCCCGGAGUCCCAGUGUCGAGCCUCUCCCGGUAGCAACUUACUGCUGGGUAUGAAGAGGUUGUCUGUGCUGCUGGUGGACUGCAGGAAAACAACGGGGCUGAGUGGAACUGUGAGAGGAGGAGAAGAGAAGAAAGGAUCAGAUUUGACUCACCGAAGAGGAAAACCAAACUUGGACGAACCAAAGACGUCCAAACCAGCAAGACAACACCUCUGCUCCCAGAUUGGAAAGAGUUUUACCAAGUCAGUAAGCCUGAAAAUACAUGAGGGAAUACACACAGGGCAGGAGCCCUUCCUUUGCUCCCAGUGUGGGAAGAGUUUUAAGCGGUUAGACACCCUCAAAGCUCAUGAGCGUAUACACACAGGGGAGAAGCCUUACAAAUGCUCAGACUGUGGGAUGGCAUUUUACUCAUCACACUCACUUAAAAGUCACGUGAGAAUUCACACAGGGGAGAAGCCUUUCCAUUGCUCUCAGUGUGAGAAGAGUUUUAAGCGGUUAGACACCCUCAAAGCUCAUGAGCGUAUACACACAGUGGAGAAGCCUUUCCAUUGCUCCCAAUGUGGGAAAAGUUUUAAGCGGUUCCUCACCCUCAAAGCUCAUGAGCGUAUACACACAGGGGAGAAGCCUUUCCAUUGCUCCCAGUGUGGGAAGAGUUUUAAGCGGUUAGACACCCUCAAAGCUCAUGAGCGUAUACACACAGGGGAGAAGCCUUACAAAUGCUCAGACUGUGGGAAGAUAUAUUACUCAUCACACUCACUUAAAAGUCAUAUGAGAAUUCACACAGGGGAGAAGCCUUACCUCUGCUCCCUAUGUGGAAAGAGUUUUAGUCACUUUGGAAACAUGAAAGCUCAUGAGCGAAUACACACAGGGGAGAAGCCUUACCACUGCUCCCAGUGUGGAAAGAGUUUUAACUAUUCAGGAAACCUAAAAGAGCACAUGAGACUGCACACAGGGGAGAAGCCUUACAAAUGCUCAGACUGUGGGAAGACCUAUUACUCUUCACAGUCACUUAAAAUUCAUGUGAGAAUCCACACUGGGGAGAAGCCUUACCUCUGCUCCCAGUGUGGAAAUAGUUUUAGUCACUUAGGAACCCUGAAAGUUCACCAGCGACUACACACAGGGGAGAAGCCUUACCACUGCUCCCAGUGUGGAAAGAGUUUUGGCCAAGUAGGAACCCUGAAAGCUCAUGAGCGAAUACACACAGGAGAGAAGCCUUACCACUGCUCCCAGUGUGGAAAGCGUUUUAACCAUUCUGGAAAGCUGAAAAAGCACGUGAGAAUUCACACAGGAGAGAAUAAUUACUUCUCCUUGACUUCUUAAAAUGCAUCAGAGAACAUACACAGUGCUCCCAGUGUCUUUAAUUGUUGACUGAGAAUGUGUUUGCUUGUUUAUACCAUAUGAAUUUAAAUUGUACAAUGUAUACUCAAAAAUAUAUUUGUGUGUUUUUAUUAGAAAACAUGAAUUGAAUAUGGAGUACAGUGGUUCGUCCUUUAAAAGUUGCAGCGUACUGCAGCACAGCUUGCAUGGUGCCACAGAAUUCUAUGGCAUGUUAUUUACGUGUCGACCACUGUCACCAAUAAUGCUAGUAAGUGCUAGUUUGACCACCAGAGGGCAUCUUUGAGAAGCAUUUGAUUGCCUUCAAUAGUGGCUGUACUAGAGAAUUUACAACUUGUUUUUGUAAGAACAAUGUAAAUGGGACUGAUAUCAAGAAAUGUUUCUUUAUUAAUUUGAUUAACCUGAACCCAGUUUCGCUAGCGGAACCCCUCGCCAACAGCCAAUGAAAUUUCAGCCAAAUAAAAAUCAACAGAAAUCUCAUAAAUCAAAUUUCUCAAACAUACAAGUGUAAGAUAUAAUUCUC